AUGGGGCAGAGUAAAGUCUGCUCCCCAAAAGCACUCGUGGGUUUGUCUCUUUCAGGCCCUGGGUCUGACCACACACUCAGGAAAUGUGCUUACCGUCGAGUCUUAGUCCCAGCCGCAGUCACAGUUGUUACGUUGAUCAUCAUUAUCGCUGUUCUAGCAGAACUUUUAAGAGUGGAAAAAUCCAAAGCACCUCUUGCUGCUCCAGACCCCCCUGCAGUGCCCUGCUGCCCGGACGGCUGGAUCGGGUACCGAGGGAAAUGCUACUAUUUCUCAGAGACUGACGGGAACUGGACCUACAGCCAGAGCCAGUGCUCUGCACUCAAUGCCUCCCUGGCUGGGAUCGACAGUGAGCAGGAAAAGGAUUUCCUGCUGCGCUAUAAGGGCUUCCUCGACCGUUGGAUCGGCCUCCAGAGGAAGCUAGGCCAGCCCUGGAGAUGGCCCAAUGGCACCGAAUUCGACAAUCGGUUUCAGAUAAGAGGAGGCGGCGACUGUGUUUUUCUGAUUGAUGAGGAUUGGUUCGGCAGCUCGCGUUGCAGAACAUGGAGACACUGGAUCUGCAGCAAACCUGAUACCCAUACAAUGGGGAAGGGAUAUGCUGUGGAGUCAGAACCUUGAGACUCUUAGGAACUAGGCUUGGAAAAUCUGUAUUGGGGAGACACCUUCCACUACCUGUAGAUGAAGGAAGCUGGGUCUUCAUUCCUUACAGACUCUCCCCAGGGCUUAGUUUUUAUUCACCCAUUGGAAGGAGUGGGGUGGAGCAGAAAAGCUUUUCCAACUCUUAACUUUGAACGAACCAUUCACUGAACUGAACUUGUUGAAUAAAUUGAAAAGAAGAAAAUAUUCUCUCUACACCUGCAGAAGAGGCUGCUGUUCUUCAAAAACUGGUUUAGCGCUUCAGUAAACUCUAGUCAGAUCCUCAGUGGUUCAGGAGCCAAAUUAGGUAUCCGUGUGACCCAAAAGAACCACACUCGUGUGACUCCAUUGUUUCAUUUCCUAUUAUAUAUAUGAUAUAUACACCGCCAUGUGUUCUCACAGCAACUGACCAACUAUUCUUUUAUUUUAUUGACUGUCCAGAUAUUAUUUUAUCAACUACAAUUGGUUAAUAACCAUAGUAAAAUCAUACUGAUUGGUUAAUAACUUAGCUUAGUUAAUAUUUAAAUCACAGUAUUUUAAUAUCCAGGGCUUCAGGAGACACAUUAGAGAGCAACAGUGCUCUAGGAUGGUGAUACAGGAAAGGCUGAAGGCAAGGGCGUGGCAGAGGGAUUAACCGGCUGAUGUCUCCAUGCUGGAGCCAGAGGGAGCUGAGGGCCAGGGGAACAGUGGCAGGGCUGAUCUGCUAGAGAUGAAAGGUAACAGAACAGGGUGAGUGCUGGAUAUUUCUCGGGUGAGGAUGAACUCCCCGGGGGAGAGGCUGCUGGGAAGACUGGGUUUGCACUCCAGCUGGGGUGGCUGACACGGCAGAAGGACAGAAGCGGAUCAGAGAAGAGCCCUGGGGUGGUGAAAGACAUUGAUGGACCAAAUGUCAUGGGAUUUUAAGGACUAUAUGCAUGGGGGGUAAUAAAUGGACUAUGUUUUUGAA